UCUCCUUUCUCCUUCUUUCUCAUUCUUUCCUGUCUCUCUGCAAUUUGAGAGUUAUAGGAGACAGAGUGAGGUAGUGAGAGACGUUGAGUGUGAGAGAAAUUAAGUGAGAAAUAUGAGAAACAGAGAGUGACAUUUAAGAGAAACAGAAACAGGGAAGACCCGAAUGAUCCAUGGAGAUCCGGCGAGUGACAGAACCAAUCCUCCACGACCGGCAACUGAAGGCUGAAGUCCAGUGAAACCCGAUGAACCCAGCUUGUUUCAGGUGAAGGCCGUAUGGCACGAACCGUAACUCUGUGAGCCUAGUCAGCGCAGACCCGCAACCCGCAAACCACGAACCCGUAAGUCCCACAAACCGUUAGCCCAGAACCUCGGCCCAACCCAGACUCGAAUCCAACCAUCCCAACAACCCGUAGCCGAUCCUCUGCCGUAACCAAACCCAAACCCCAGCAGACUCGAACAACCUUGCCAACAGAACCACCGUGACCCCGAUUCAGCAAACCCGAGUAAUCCAGAAUCCGGCAAACCAUAAGCCGUUUUCCGGCAGCAACCGUGACCCAGCCGAACUCGUGCACCAUUUAGCCCAGAAAACCGAUCCAUAGUUCCGGCCGAUCGUGGAAGAUCAGUGAUCGGAGACUUUAGCAAGCCCGAUUUCGACGACCCCAGCCAGACCCGACACUGCUCGUAGUUGCUCUGACAAAAAAUAGAACCACUGUGAUUCAAACCGUGCGACCUGGGUGUGUAUAUGCGACCCAGCUCAAAACCGAGCCAAACCCAGCAAAAUUAGGCCGGGAAUUUAUCCGGCCCACCCUUGAACCAAAGCCCAAAACCCGUAGUCCAACCCGGUAGGCCAUCAACCUAUGAAGACCAUGACACUGUGGACCUGAUUUCAGCCCAUUUAUUUGAACCACAGCCCAAAACCAAUCUGGCAGACCGUGUGUACAGCCCAGAUUCAUUGAGCCCAACCACUUGAAGCAAAACCCAAAGCCCGAAGCCCAAACCCGGAUCCAACCCUUUUGGUUGUGCAACCCGGACAACCCAUGACCCGAAGACCCGACCCGGAUCCAAACCCAUGACCCGGAACCCGACCGCCGGUGACCCAUCUCCGGCGACUUUUCCGGCGACUUUCCGGUGAAUUUUUCCGGCGAAUUCCCGUGACCGAACGCAUCGUUUUCACUAGAUUUUUUUAGUGAAAUUCUUAUUUAAUAAAUCAAGGAAAUAUACAAAGAGGAUUAAGCUCGAUCCCGAUAUUAGGGAAAUCCAAGGAUUGGUACCAAGCCUACAUGUGUGUAGGUGUGUCCUCAUGCUGAACAUUGAACAUGUGUGCGGCACUUAUAUGCCAAUUUCAAAGACGAUGGUCAUAGGGGGGUGUUAUUGAAGGACCUGCUGUGGAGAGCUGCUUCAUCUUACACACAGACUGGAUUUUAUGCUGCAAUGGAGGAGCUCAAGGGACUAAACCUUAAAGCACAUGAGUACCUAGAAAAAGUUGACCCUAGAACCUGGUGUAGAGGAUGGUUCAACGCAAGCACAAAGUGUGACCUUCUGCACAACAACUUAGCUGAGUGCUUAAAUAGCUGGAUCCUUAAGUUUCGGGAUAAGACCAUCUUGACAAUGUUGGAAGGAAUCAGGGGCAACUUAAUGAGAAGGUACCAAAGGAAGAGAGAUGCUAUAAGGGCCAUGGAGGGGAAUGUGGGGCCAAAAAUUAAAGAGAAGUUGGAGAUAGAGGAAGAUGAGGCCAGCCAUUGUACACCAAGUUUUGCUGGUGAUAGUUUAUUUGAGGUUGAUUGCAAGGGCAGGAAGUAUGUGGUCAAUUUGUGCCAGAGAACAUGUGGGUGUAGAAAAUGGGAUGUCUCUGGCAUCCCAUGUUGUCAUGCCAUCUCGGCAAUAUGGCAUGGUGGAGGCAACCCAGAUGAUUAUUUGAGUCAUUACUUUGGAAAGGAGAUGUACUUAAAGGCAUAUGCACCCAUCAUUUACCCUGUACCAAGUGAGGAGCAAUGGGUUAGGACAAAUCAACCGAAGAUUGAACCACCUAAGUCAAGAGCAACUAUAGGUAGACCUAAGAAAGUUAGAAAUAAAGGUGCUGAUGAGACAUCAAAUCCAUACUCAGUUAGAAAGGGUGGCAAGAAGAACCAAUGUGGGAUGUGCAAGAAAUAUGGUCACAAUACAAGAACAUGCACUGUUAGGAUGAGGCAUGUUGAAAGACAACAACGUAGGAGAACUUCCUACAGAGAACAUGCUGCAGAUACUGACUGCAAUCUUGACAGGUUGGGUGAAUCCUCCAGUGCACCAUCUAUGGGCCAUUCUAGUGCACCAACAUCUAGUGCCCCAUCUAUUGUACCAACAAGGGGUCGGGGUCGAAAAAGGGUAAGAGCAAGAGGAGAGGGUACAAGCAGUACAUCUACUGCACCAAGUAGGGGUGAGAAGAGCACUAGAGGAACGGGUGCAAGCACUACAUCUAUUGCACCAAGUAGGGGUGAGAAGAGCACUAGAGGAACGGGUGCAAGCACUACAUCUACUGCACCAAGUUGGGGUGAGAAGAGCACUAGAGGAACGGGUGCAAGCACAAGAUAUACUAGGAAGAAGGCCAGUACCAGUUUGGCAACUAGAAGCAGAGUUGGUGGAAGAUUGAGAGCACAUCCUACACAAACUAACCCAAACACUCGAGGAAAGGUGAUGCUUGACCUCACUGGGAACCCUUCUGGACCACCCAAGGUUCUAGGAGGUGGACCUGCAUGCUCAUGGGGUCCUCCCAAGGUUGUAGGUGGCAUAACUUUCAGACUAACUCCCCCUGACUUUGACAUAAACAAGACAAAAGUAACAAGUUCUGACAUUCCUCCACCUGUAGGCAAAAAGGAUAAAGGAAAGAAGAAGAUUUGGCAAGUUUGAUGUGUAUUUUUGGAUAUGUGUUGUACAUUUUGGAAGGGCAUGGACAACAUGGUUAUGAUGUAUAUUUUCAGUUUGUGUUGUGUAUUUUGGAAGGGCAUGGACAGUUUUCAGGAUGUAUUAACUUAACUCAUGAUAUUUAACAACAUGGUUAUGACUUGUAACUUAUGUUAUUUAACUUAUGGUACUAUUUUU